AUGGAACCAGAGCCAACCCUUAGCGCUCUCCUCAAGGCUAUUGCAGCCCUCACUAGCCAAGUUGGGUCCCUCCAGGACCAAGUCAAGUCCCAGGGCAAGCAGAUUAUCCAGCUUGUUGCCAUAUGCAAGGAAACCAACAACCUUGUUGGUGACAAAGACCAAGGAGGCGCUCAAGCCAAGCCUGGCCCAUUGACUGGGCCUGUCACUCCCCCCACUCAUACAGGGGGAGAAACCCACACUCCAGGAACAGUUAGGCCUGGACUCAAGGCCCCUUUCCGCCCAUCAAGGGGUACGGGCUUUGACUCAGAAGAAGAGGAGGAACCAAGGAGAGUCCCCAAAAAGGAGCCUCAAGGAAUGCCUGGGAGGCAUCUAGGGUCCCUCACCCCCUUUGACACAGGGUCCAGCGUAAAGCGGCCCAAGAUGGACCUCCUGGAUCCUUAUAAGGGAGAAACAAGGGGGCGCAAGGCCACACAAUGGCUGGACCAAAUGCUACUCUGGGUAGCACUUCACAGGGAUCAAUUCAAUGAGGAACAGAUGGUUGUAUGGAUACUGUACCAUAUGACAGACAAAGCCGCUGACUGGGCACUCCCCCUCAUUGGGGCUAUUAUCAAGGGCAAGGGAAACCCCCCAACCACCAUCACAGCCUUAUUGGCCAAAUUCAAGGAGGCAUUUGCCAAUCCCAAUGCCAAGCGGGCCGCAGCUAGGAAGAUUGCGGCACUCUCCCAAUCCACAACCACCUCCAAAUACAUCACAGAGUUCCACAAUCUCAUGGCGGAAUUAGACUGGAAUGAGGAGGCCUACAUUGCGCAGUUCACGCAGGGCCUCCACUGGAAGGUCAAGGAAUUAUUGUCAACAAAAGAUAAUAUUCCAGACAAACUUGAGGCAAUUUUUGCGGCCUCAAUCAAAAUUGACAGCACUUGCCGCAAAAAUGAGGAGAACCAGCCAAAGAAGCAGCCCGCCAAGUCCCCAGCCACCGUGGCCACCUCCACCACCACUACCAGGGUCCGUCUCUCCAAGGACCCUAAUUAUGUCACACCAGAAGAGAGGGACCAUUGCCACGCGUCUGGCCUUUGUGUCAAGUGCAGCCAAAAAGGGCAUGGCAUCAAACAAUGCCCCAACGGUUGGAAAGCUACAAUCAAGGAAGCAGCCAAGGUAGCUGAGGACAAGUUGGGAAAAGAUAAUACAGAGUUUGUAUCUGUGGGACUUGAUUCAAAUAAAAAAACCCUACUAUUUAUUGAUCUAUACGUCCAAAAUUCCUUGGCAGAACCCUUGAAAACCCUCAUAGAUUCAGGAGCCACAUUGAAUUUCAUCUCCCCUUUGAUUGUGGAAAAAUACAAAAUUCCAAAAACCCAACUUGAAAAUCCACAAGUUGUGAGAAUGUUAGAUGGUACAAUUUCCCAGACUGGUUGCAUUUGGCACCAGGUCCAACUCGCAGUUUUGGCCAACGGCCACCCACACACUGUCCCCUUCCUAGUCUGUCCCAUUGGGAAUACACCCGCCAUACUUGGCAUGACAUGGCUCACUCAGGAGUCACCCCUCAUAGAUUGGAACCAAGGCACCAUCACCUUCCCAGACCACAUCCAGAUAGCCUUGGAGGAAGAAGCCAACCCCAACCCACUGGCAGACUUACCCACAGAAUACCACAAAUUUGCCAGGGUAUUUGGUGAAGAGGAAUUCAAGGUCCUUCCCCUGCACAGGGAAUAUGAUAUUGCCAUUGACCUAGUCCCUGACGCCAAACUCUCCCCUGGACCUAUCUACGGCAUGACUGAUGCAGAAUCCAAGGCACUUAAGCAACAUAUUGAUGAGGAAUUGGCAACAGGCAAGAUCCGCCCUAGUACCUCCUUAGCAGGUGCCCCAGUCUUGUUUGUAAAAAAGGCAGACGGAUCCCUUCAAUUGGUGGUUGAUUACAGGAAGCUCAACAACGUUACCCACAAGAAUGUUUAUCCACUCCCUAGGCAGGACAAUCUCAUGGCCAAGCUCAGGCACGCAAAACUGUUCACUAAACUAGACCUAUGCUGGGGAUACAAUAACGUCAGGAUCAAGGAAGGGGACAAAUGGAAAACAGCUUUCAGAACCAAAUACAGCCUAUUUGAAUACCUAGUGAUGCCCUUUGGUCUGACAAACGCACUGGCAGCUUUCCAGCAUUUUAUGAACAAUCUGUUCCAAGACCUGAUUGAUGUCACCGUUGUUAUCUACCUGGAUGAUAUAUUGAUCUUCUCAGAGAAGCCCAAGGACCACCCAUCUCAUGUCAGGGAGGUCUUGUCUUGA